AUGCUUCGACGAAUUCGUCACCCAAACACCGUCAAGUUCUUGUUAUCAAUCGACAUUGGUACAACCUACACUGCUGCAUCGUACUGCGUCUUCUCGGGAAGGGAUAAUGCCCCAAUUUUUUACGAAAUCAACCGGUGGCCAAAGCAGACUGUUGGCGAUGCCAAAGUUCCAUCCGUGUUGUAUUAUGACCGUGACAAGGUUCCUCGCCUGCAUGGUGCCGAAACUGAAGAUGAAUCAUCGUUGAUGGAAGCCGAGCAGGAGCAUUGGGAAAAGGCUGAAUGGUGGAAACUACGCCUUCGCCCAGAGUACCUAACUUUUCCACCUGGCUUCACGAUGGCUUCCCUCCCCGAGGGAAUUACUGUUGACGACGUAUUCAAAGACCAAAUGGCCUACGUCAAAGAGAACGUCCGCGCGUCCGUUAUCAAGUCUUUCGGUGACGGCGAAAAAAUCUGGGAUCAGUUCCGAUCUUCGAUGUAUGUUAUCCUGACGACUCCGAAUGGCUGGGAAGGUCGUCACCAGAACCGAAUGAGGAUGCAGCCGUGA